CAACAUUCCAGUCUUAAUAUCAAUAAAUGAUAAAUAUAAAUACGUCAGUAAACCUUGCAAAUGAAAUUACAAGAAUUCCUUUCACUUCCUACUGGAACUGGAACAUAUUGUACUCCUUUAUGUAGAAACUGUAGAUAUAUUGAAGGGUACCUCAAAAAAACCAAGUGUAGGGUAGAAAUUCUGUAUAUCUGCCAGUGGAUUCCUUACCAAUGUCAUUGUACGCUCAAGUUGUACAAAGUAUAUUCCUUAUCACAGAACUUAAUAUGUAUAAAGAUUACCUAAACUAAAUUGAAGGUGCACAAGUAACUGAUAUCAUUGCAGAGAUAGGGUAUGACUUUCUAGUAGUGCUACGUGCAAAAUCCAGUAUUACUGAGUUCAAGAUACCAAAAGAAUGAUAAGCAACUAUCUGUACUUGCAAGGAAAGUAUUUACCUUCAUUGGCCUAAUUAGAAAGCCUUGUUUAUUUUCUUAACUAUCUUUGCUAAGAAAUCUGGAUAAAGUACUUGAUGACCAGUUAAGAAUGGCAAACGGAUUUAUCUCAGAAAGAGGCGAACUAUGGGCUACCAAACACAAAACUUUCAGUAGGGUCAAAAAUGUUUAAACAAACAUGGACCACGAUAGCAUGCACCAUCAUCAUCCACAAGACCAUCAAAUGAGCGGGCAUGACAUCCACGCACAACAUACAGAGCCUAUGGGUGGUCACGAAGGACAUGACGGUGGUCAUGGUGGACAUGGUGAUGGUGGUCAUAGUAUGAUGAGUAUGGCUUUCCAUUUUAGAAUAUCGGAAACAGUAUUAUUUGACAGCUGGAAAUUUGACACAGUUGGCGGUUUGGUGGGAUCGAUGAUAGGCAUAUUUUUUAUGGCCGCUUUAUACGAAGGCUUAAAAUAUUACAGGGAAUACUUAUUUUGGAAAACGUAUAAUGCGUUGCAAUAUCGCGCCGUCACAUUUCCGGCUGAAAAAGGAGUUGUUAAUGAAGAUAAUCAAGUUGUACAUAUGGUCGGUGAAGUCAUCCAUAAACAACCGCCCACAAUGCUGAGUAUUACGCACUUCUUCCAGACAUUCUUACAUAUCGUACAAAUAACAUUGUCUUACUUUUUAAUGUUAAUAUUCAUGACAUACAAUGUGUGGUUAUGUAUAGCAGUUGUUCUUGGAGCUGCAGUAGGAUACUUUUUAUUUGGAUGGAAAAAGUCAGUUGUUGUUGACGUAACGGAACAUUGCCAUUAGCGGUACUAAGUUGCCAAUUUUAAACGUUUACGUAUUAAUUUUUAUUGUACCUAUUUUAUCUAAUUUUGUGGAGGGUUACCCUAUGAUUUAUUCUUUGUAGAUAUUGAAUUGUAUUGUGUAAGUGUAACAGUAUCCUUAAUUUUUACUUAGUUAUUAAUUUUGUAAUAAAAAUUGCAUACCAUC